AUGGCAUUUCGCCCCGCCAGCUCUUGUCUUCACUGGCCGGGACAUCUUCCUCCCCAUCCGUAUAAAUUCCUCACUCACUCGCGUGGAAGAGCUGAAGGCAGACGAACAACAGUGAUCAUGAAGAGCCAAGUGUUGAGUGUGUUUCUUGUGGUGCUUCUGGAGCAGUCGCUGGCCAUGACGACCGGGAUCGGAGGGAAGAAUCUCACGAGCCUCCUAGGCGGAAGGAACCUCAUCGGCCACUCGCCAUUCGGCGCGUCUCUGCAGGAACUCCAGCAGCAGCUGAGCAACGACGUCGAGCACCAUCAGUGCAGCUGCGCCGUCUUCCUCUCCGGCCAAUUCACCAAGGGCUCCAAGGAGCCUCCGCGCGGAUCGCCGGCUCUCAUCCACGAGCACGAGGAAGCCUUUCCCUGCACGAAACCCGGCCUGAAGCAGUGCACCAACUGGUGUCUGGAAUCGCUGGUGAAGCACCUGCCGAACUCCGGGCAUCUUCUCUGCGCCGCCAUCGACCGCGACUGCCACAAGGAGCGCGCUUAUCUGUUCGUCGAGGACUGCAACGGCGCGUGGGUGAACACCAACUUCUCGGCGGGACGCGAAUAUUGCUGCAAGGACGGCGAGCAGUACAAAUGCCCUCUCCUGCCGACCGUCGGGAAGUCCCAGUAAUCACCGAACCACUUUCCCCAUUAUCUUCGCUUAUCUUAAGAAUUUUCUACUGCCUUUUCUAUUCCAUCGUCUUCUUUGUACUUUCCACAGAAGCAACUAAUCAGUCAGUAAUUAUGUUUGAUAAAAAUCAGCAGAAUAAAGAAGAAAAUCCUUGUUAAAUGUUCUGAUUUUGUGAAUGCUGAAGGAAAUUUUUACGGCAAACAACUGAGAAAUUUUCUUGCAAUUAAUGUAUAUCCAUUCUUUGA